AUUCCCGCACUGACUAUUAUCCCAUCCCAUCAGAUCUUACUUAUAGUUAUCGUGCAACAGAUUCAGGCGAAAAAGAAAAAGAAAAAAAAAAGUUACUGCAACAGUAGCACUAAUAAAUUCAAAUUUUGGUGUCCAUUUUAUACUCUAUUUUCCCCAUAAGGAAGUUGCACCUAAACCAAAACAAAUCCGUAUGCGAGAAGAUUCCAUACGAGACAAUUCUUCUUUAUUUGUGUUCGCUGCUAAAUCCCUCGAUCACCACCGCCAUUGUUAGCAACCUCAGAUUUCAAGUACCAGCAACCACGCCACGUGUACUUUUUCUUCUUAAAACCUUCUCGCAUUUUCAGAUCUUGCUUCCAGUUCCAGUGCUGAAGAGAUGCUGAAAAGACAAUUUAGCAAAUGAGACAUUGCAAACACUGAAUAACUGCUGGAGAAACAACAAAAACAUGAUGACUGGGGUGGUUCACAAUUCGAAGAGCUGGUCAAAUGUUGCAUGGCCAAGGAGGAAGGUACACUGAUGGAAAGAGGGCCUUUUCUUUUUGUAACAAGUAUCUUUGCUUCAUAUACGGAGGAGACAUGCCACUUGCUAACUGGUGAAGAACAGAUCUCGUGUAUAGUUUUAUGAACAUACAAUCAGAAAAACUUGGAUAUAAUGGGGAUCAGUACUCGCAGUUCUACCAACAGAAAACCAAGUGAUAGCAUGAGGCUUAUUGUGACAACAUUUACUGGAAUAGUUUUUGGCUUCUUUAUAGGAGUAUCAUUUCCGGCAUUGACUACAAAGUUGAAUCUCCCAUCCAGCCUGCUUUCCUCCAUCGAUGUUACUUACAUUCAAGAGAAAUAUGCAGGUGUCAAAGCACCAUCUUUUGUGAAGAAUAAUAACAGCAUCUCGUCAAAAAACCGGUUAAUAAAUGAUACAUUGAAGAUAUGGGUUCCAUCAAAUCCAAGAGGUGCAGAAAGAUUACCUCCUGCGAUAAUUGAAGCUGAGACAGACUUUUAUUUGCGUAGAUUGUGGGGUCAGCCCAGUGAGGAUUUAACCUCAAAGCCAAAGUACCUUGUGGCUUUCACUGUUGGUCAUAAUCAGAGAAAUAAUAUUGAUGCGAAUGUGAAAAAGUUUUCAGAAAACUUUACAAUAGUUCUAUUUCAUUAUGAUGGUCGGACAACUGAAUGGGAUGAGUUUGAGUGGUCAAAGCGCGCAAUUCAUGUGAGUGUUCGCAAGCAGACCAAAUGGUGGUAUGCCAAGCGGUUUCUGCACCCGGAUAUUGUGGCACCAUAUGACUAUAUUUUUAUAUGGGAUGAAGACCUGAGUGUGGAACAUUUUAAUGCUGAGGAAUACUUAAAACUGGUGAAGAAGCAUGGACUGGAGAUUUCACAGCCUGGUUUGGAACCUAAUAAAGGGUUGACAUGGCAAAUGACAAAGAGAAGAGGUGACCGUGAAGUUCACAAAGAAACAGAGGAGAAACCAGGAUGGUGCAGUGACCCCCAUCUGCCUCCUUGUGCAGCGUUUGUUGAGAUUAUGGCCCCGGUGUUUUCACGAGAUGCAUGGCGUUGUGUGUGGCAUAUGAUUCAGAACGACUUGGUCCAUGGGUGGGGUCUUGAUUUUGCUCUUAGAAAAUGUGUUGAGCCUGCCCAUGAAAAGAUUGGAGUUGUUGAUUCUCAGUGGAUUAUUCAUCAAAGUGUUCCCUCACUAGGGAAUCAGGGAGAGUCACAAUCUGGGGAAGCACCAUGGCAAGGGGUGAGGGAGAGGUGUAGAAAGGAGUGGACAAUGUUUCAGAGUCGGUUGGCAAAUGCAGAAGACGCAUAUUAUAAGGCCGUGGGAGUUGAUAUGUUUAAUUCAACUACUUAGUAGGGACAACAACGACUGAAGUUGACUUGUACACAGCCAUCACCAUGAGCUUUUAUUUUUGCAUGAUAUAUACAUCUUUUUGUACUCCAUCCUCUCUUUUUUUUCUUUGUAAGUUUGUGGUACUAGUAACUUGAACUCAAAAUUCUGAGUCCUGGCUAAGGACCAAACAACAGUUCGAUGUGGAAUUCCAGUGCUGAAAGUUAGAGAAUUAGAUUGAGGUAAAUAAAACUUAUAGUGUAACUAGUGUAUUUGAUUAUAAUAUUCUUUUUGGAACGUUUGCCUGUAU